AUGUGCCAAUCACCGCUCCACGACUUCCUCCACGGCCUCCCCAAGUGCGAGCACCACGUCCACCUGGAGGGCUGUCUCACGCCAGAACUUAUUUUCCACCUGGCCUCGCGCAAUGACAUCGCCCUCCCCAACCCAGCCGACAACCCUGCCUACGCUUCCAUUGCGGCUUUAACAGCUCGUUACGAACAUUUCACCUCGCUAGACGACUUCCUCGCCUUCUACUUCGAAGGCAUGGCCGUGCUACGCACCGAGCAAGACUUCACCGACCUCGCCUGGUCGUACUUCCAAAAGGCGCAUGCCGACGGUGUGCACCAUGCAGAAGUCUUCUUCGACCCGCAGGUGCACCAGAGCCGCGGCGUGGCCUACGCGACCAUCGUGGACGGCUUCUCAGCGGGUUGCAAGCGCGCCGAGACCGAGCUGGGCCUGUCCACACGGCUGAUUCUGUGCUUCGUGCGGCAUCUGCCCGUGUCCUCGGCGAAGGAGGUGUACGAGGAGUUCCUGGCGCACAAGCACUUCGAGUCCGGCGUCGUGCACGGGCUUGGCUGGUCGUCGACUGAGGUUGGCCCGCCCAAGGACAUGUUCCGUGAGCUGUAUGCGUCCGCGGCGCAGAAAGGCGUCCCGCUGACGGCGCACGCUGGCGAGGAGGGCGAUCCGACGUAUAUCAGCACGGCGCUGGAGCUAGGCGCGACGCGCAUUGACCACGGCAUUCGCCUGGUCGAGGACCCGGAGCUGAUGCAGCGGGUGGCGCGCGAGGGCAUUCUGCUCACGGUUUGUCCGCUGUCGAAUGUGCGGCUGCGCUGCGUGAAGAGCGUGGAGGAGGUGCCUAUACGCAAGUUCCUGGAGGCGGGCGUGAAGUUUUCCAUUAACAGCGAUGACCCGGCGUACUUUGGUGGGUAUAUCUUGGAUAAUUAUUGCGCCGUGCAGGAGGCGCAUCAGUUGUCUAUAUUAGAGUGGAGGAUUAUUGCGGAGAAUAGUGUGCAGCAGAGCUGGAUUCCGGAUGAGAGGAAGGCCGAGCUACUGGAGCGCAUUGAGAGCCAUGUGAAGCAGCAUAUGGUCGCGGCUGAGGCCUAG